AUGAAUAAUAAAGAAGAACGUGACUUUUCUAUUGCUGAUACUAUAGAAACAAUAGUUAAUGCAGGUAUUACUGAUUUAAUAAGUGAUAAUAUGCAAGAAUCAGUCCUUUUUAACGAAGUACAAUACCCACCUGAUGAUAAUCAAGUAAUCCUUUAUAAAGAGAAUGAAUUAGCGUCCUUAUUCUCUAGAAAAAAAUUUACUUCAUGGGAGGCAUGUGAAACCUUUAUUAACAAAUGGGCUAAAGUACAAGGUUUUCAUAUAGUUAAAGAUCGGGUUGUUCGAGAGAAUGGAAUUAAUAAUCCCGAAGCUCUUAUAACCAUUAACAAAUUUGCAGAUAAUCAUAAUCACACUUUAAAUCGUAGUAUAAUUGAAUUUGAAGAUGCAAAAAAAUUUACUGACCCAAUGAUGGAAGAUAUAAGGUUCAUGACUAUGGAUUGUAAAUUUGGUGCAACAACGCAAAGAAAAUUCCUUGAAGGAAUAUAUCCUUCACACCUGAUUCAUUCCAAAGAUCUUUAUGCCGCAAUACAAAAAUUUCAUCCUACCAGCAAAUCUUUAUCAAAUGAUGCAACUAAAAUUUCUAACUGGCUUGAUCAACAAAAGGAAAUGGAUUCACGAGGCAAGAUAGCUAGUUCUCGUGUAGAAUCUGUGAAUGCAUGUUUAAAACGUUUGUUACACAAUUCAAAUGUUUCAUUGUGCGAUCUUGCAAAGGAAAUUCAUAGAUUGCUUGAUAUCCAAGAUAAAGAAAAUGAAUAUAGAUUUUGGCAACUGGCAAUUCCAUCAAUUAAAAAUCAACAAAAGACAAAUUUUUUGUUCGCAAAAAUUGAUCAAUCAACUUUACUUGAAAAUACUGAAAAUGCCGAAAUAGAAGAUGAAGAAAACCAAUCUAUGCCUUCAGACGAAAUAACAAUUGAUAUUACGCAAGCAACAUUAAGACAAUUAAUUAAAUUUGUUGGAAUUCACAAUAUUAAAGAAAUAUGGGCAGAUAGUGUUGGAAAUUCAUUAAAAGUCAAGCAUUAUGUCAUUUUAUUACAAAAUUAUGGACAUAUAUAUUCUUGUCUUUCAAUUACUUAUUCCUUCACGAUGGUAUUGUACAAAAGAAAAUGGCUCAAAAAGCCAUUUUUAACAGCCGAUAAGUUUAUGCAGGAGAAGCCAAAUAUUACAUAUGAUUGUCAUACAGUACCAUACGUGAGCUUAUUUAAUCAAGACAACAAAGAUUUUCGUGAAGAAAGACUAACAAUUUUUGAACAGAAAAUUGUUUAUGGGAAAUUGCAUGGCACAAAUAAGAAAGCUCUUUCAAAGGCAUUGCAAACAAAUUCCAAAUCACAACAACUUAUCAACUUGCUUCAAGAAUUUAUUGAAAAUGAAGAUACUGACGAGGAUAUAGAUGAUGAACAUUCAGAUUUAGAGGAUGAAAUCAACAAGAAAAUGAUACUAGUGAUAAGGAGAAUGACCCAUCGGUACCAUUAUUGCAAAAUCAAAAAAACGACGUGGUAA